UUAAAAUAAUAAAAUACUUUGCUAAACAUUUUAAUAUAAACGUGAUAAAUUUAAAAUUAAGAAAACCGAAUUCGUGAAAAUGAGUGGUGUUCUGCGUCGUGGUUCCUUAAAUUUCGAUUGCAAUGGGAAAAGCAAUCGCGGUAGUAUUGAGUCAAAUUUAUAUGGCGGAUAUCGUGAUUCUAAGCCACGAACACCGGAAAUCAGUGUGAUAGCAUUGGAUUUUCGUCGUUACUCAGAAGAUUUAAAGAAGGAUGUACUCAAACUGCCUGAGACAUCACAAAAUUUCAUCGGAAAUAAUAAAGAAAAAAACAAUGAGGAUGAAGAAAGCGAUGUGAUCUCUGACUUGAUAGGUCACAUUGGUAAAUGGCAAUUAAUAUGGACAAUUACUUUGUGUCUCUUUCAAAUACCGCCAACAUUGCACAUGUUUACAUUUGUAUUUCAGACAGCGGAAAAAGAUUUCUGGUGUGCACGCCCAACAGAUAUGCUCGAUAUGAAUGCCACAACGUGGAAAAACUUAACUCAACCAAAUGGUGAUAGUUGCACCAUUUUGGAUUCAGAUGACUAUUUCACGCUUUUAACAUUGGCAGCGGAGGACAACACCAGUUACACGAAUUGCAAAAAUUUUGAAUUCUAUCAUGCAGAAGGUGACACUUCCGUAACUUUAGUAGAGGAAUUCAAUUUAGUUUGCGGUCGCCGCAAUUUGCUGAGCGUAGUCGAAAUGUGUUUCUUGGCUGGUGCUGCUAUUGGCAGCGUAUCUAGUGGCUGGAUAUCAGAUCGUUUUGGACGCAAACACACACUAAUGUGUUUCGCUUCCAUUCAAGCUAUUUUUGGCACUAUUUUAGCCUUCUCUACAUCGUUAAGCAUGUACAUGACAUUACGUGUCAUAAUGGGUUUUGCUAGCAUGACCGUGACUGUGGUCAGUUUCGUGUUGGUUGUAGAAUUAGUCUCUGGAAAAUGGCGCACUAUUAUAGGCAUUUUAAACAUUGUACCCGUAGCGCUCACUUAUGUUCUUACAGCAGGCAUUGCAUAUUUUGUUAGAGAUUGGCGCACGUUACAGUUAAUUAUUUCAUUACCAUGGCUUGCAAUUAUAUCCAUUUGGUAUUGCAUGCCAGAAUCUCCACGUUGGCUACUUGCACGUGGACAACUCAAAGAUUUGUAUGCAAUUAUUGAACGUGCCGCCCGCAUGAAUAGACGCAUCCUACCUGUAAAUUAUCAGAAGUCUGUUGAAGCAGCAGCACCGGCAACAGUGCAUUCCACAGCAAAAAUGCAAGCAACUAUGGAAAAUGCUAAUACGAGUGUGAGUGAAGCCAGUAAGGACAGCAGAAGUACUGUGACGAAUAGCAUUGAUGGCAAUACGAAUCCAUUGGUAGUGGUUUUCGGUAAACUUUACAGACGCACUACUUGCUUGACUUUGAUUAUUUGGUUGACAUUGAUUAUUAUUUACUUUGGCUUGACUUUGCAUCUCAGUAAUUUAGGUGGCAACAUUUAUAUGAACACGGCUAUUGCGGGCAUUGUUGAAGCCAUUUCCAUAUGUGUGGGUCUCGUCAUUGUGCUAAAGUUUGGCUUACGACGUAACCUCAUUGCCUAUAUGUUGAUACCAGGAAUUUGUUGUUUGGCCACAAAUAUUGUGCCACAAGGUGAUGACAAUUUAAAAUGGGUCAUAACAUUGGCUAUGAUUGCAAAAUGUGUUAUUGGCGCUAAUAAUGCCAUCAUACCAACCUACACAGCCAUGCAGUAUCCCACUGUAGUGCGUAACUUUGGCGUUGGUUUGGGCAAUUUGGCUGCUGGUGUUGGCCUUGUGCUGGUCCCUUAUAUGUGGCUUUUGGAACAUGUUGAUCCUUUGUUACCGAUGAGUAUUAUGGGUGUGUGUGGCCUCAUUGGCGCAGUGACUUUAAUGCUGAUGAAGGAUGUACAAAAGUAAAAAGUAAACGAUUAUCCUUUAGUAUUAGAUUUACUGCAAACUGUGAUAUCAAAGCAAAAUCAACAUGUAUUUUAUACGUACGAAAAACCAAUUAUAAAAAUGAUAUUUACUUGAAUGUACUUAAAAUUGCAUGGCUAUACAUUUUAUAAUAAGU